UACAACUCCUCCCGUCCUAGAGAAGAGUGGGAGAUGUGGCACCCUACCCUGAUAGCAGAAGCAUUGUUUGCUAUAGCUAAUAUCUUCAGUUCUCUACGACUCAUCUCCCUGUUCACAGCCAACUCCCACCUGGGACCUCUACAGAUCUCAUUGGGAAGGAUGCUGCUGGACAUACUCAAGUUCCUCUUCAUCUACUGUCUGGUCCUGCUGGCGUUCGCCAACGGUCUGAAUCAGCUUUACUUCUACUACGAGACCAACGCCUCAGACGAGCCCAACAAUUGCAAGGGCAUCCGCUGUGAGAAACAGAAUAACGCUUUCUCAACGUUGUUUGAGACUCUCCAGUCUCUGUUCUGGUCUAUCUUUGGCCUGUUAAACCUGUACGUGACUAACGUUAAAGCUCGUCAUGAGUUCACUGAGUUUGUGGGAGCCACCAUGUUCGGAACCUACAACGUCAUCUCUCUGGUGGUUCUGCUCAACAUGUUGAUCGCCAUGAUGAACAACUCCUACCAACUCAUCGCUGACCAUGCAGAUAUAGAGUGGAAGUUUGCUCGGACCAAGUUAUGGAUGAGUUAUUUUGACGAGGGGGGUACUCUUCCCCCUCCCUUCAACAUCGUUCCCAGUCCUAAGUCAGUGUGGUACCUCUGUCUGUGGGUUCACCAUCGACUCUGUAGGAGAGGAGCGCCCCCUGCUGACGACACAGACAAACACCACAACCUACAAGAGUUCACGGAGCGUCAUGCAGACAGCCUGAUACAGAAUCAACAUUAUCAGGAAGUGAUCCGUAGCCUGGUGAAGAGGUACGUGGCGGCCAUGAUACGCAGUGCCAAGACGGACGAGGGAUUGACCGAGGAGAACUUUAAGGAGUUAAAGCAGGACAUCUCCAGUUUCCGUUAUGAGGUGUUAGGUCUCCUUGGUAACCGCCGGCCCCCCAGAUGCCACUUCUCUUCCAGCAGUGAAACCACACUUAGAAAUGAGGGAGGAACCAGUGACGAAGGAGGGCCUGAACCUGACCUUGACCCCUCCCUAGCGUCGCAGGAGGGGAGUGGAGCCAAGAGGUCAAAGGGCGUGACCUUUCUGACCCCGACAGGAAGCAUGGAGAAGAAGAAGAAGCCUAAAUAUGGCGUCUCAGCUCUGGUCCGGAGUAUUUCAGGAAUGGAAGUGGUAUCCAUGACGAGGGAGGAAGAGGAGCAGGAAGGAUGGGGGGAGGAGGAAGGGAAGGAGGGAUGGGAGGAAGAAGAAGAUGAGGAAGAGGGUAAACCAAAGAGCAACGGGGUGCGGAGAGAAGCCAUUCCGUCCUCUUCUUUCAUCUUCCCUUCAUUCCCUUCUUCCUCCACCUCCGUCUCCUUAUCCUUCGCUCGCACUCGAAGUCGUCUCCAGCAGUUGUCGUCGGCGACAUCCAAUAAGACAACAGACUCCUUUAAGCGCCUCGGCUUACUGUUCUCACGCAAAGCCCCGCCCCUUCCCCUCUCCCUCGGCCAAUCU